UAUCGGCCCCUCGGUGAGCGUAGACGGUCCCUCCAUGCGCGACCGGGUCCGUGCCACCCCCCCCCUCCAGGGGGCAGGGCCUGUCUGCUCCGGCUUGGCUAGUGGUGGAGCUGCCCCAGCGCGUUGGACAGGGACCCGCCCGCCAGCCCCUGAAGCGACGCGCUGGGAGAAGCCGGCUCCGGCUGCUGGUUUUUUCCUUUAUUACGUCUAUUGAAGUCCUAAGAGUGGAAGUUGCUGCCAGAGAGGUGCAGGAGUGGAAGGGACCUUGGUAGAUCAUCCAGUCCUGUCCCCUGCACUGAGGCAGGAUCAGUGGAAGAAAACCUGCUCCUUUCAUGACUGAAAACCGUUCUAUUUUGAUGAGAAAACCGCUACUGAUACUUUAAAAUAAAAACUUUGCAAUCAGUAUGCACAAGAACAGGUUUUUUGAGUGGAGGUGUUGUUUUCUUUUCUGUGUACACUUUGUCGAUGUCAAAAGUACUUCAAGGAGAAAGCCAUACCCAAGACAUUUUGCAUAUGAAUCUUGAUAAUGACAGCUCAAGAAAAAGAAAUUGGGGAUUGUUGGUCACUGGCAUUGUUGGUGGGACAUUGGUGGUACUGUAUGCUGUUGCCACUCCAUUCAUAACUCCAGCACUGAGAAAAAUUUGCCUUCCUUUUGUACCUGCAACUUCAACUCAGAUUGAAAAUGUUUUGAAAAUGUUACAGUACAGAAGUGGAUCUCUGGUUGACAUAGGUAGCGGCGAUGGACGUAUUGUGAUAGCAGCUGCAAAAGAAGGAUUCAAAGCUGUUGGUUAUGAAUUAAAUCCCUGGCUAGUCUGGUACUCCAGAUAUCGUGCUUGGAGAGAAGGGAUGCAUCAUAAUGCCAAAUUUUAUAUUUCAGAUUUGUGGAAGGUUAGCUUUUCCCAGUAUACAAAUGUUGUUGUUUUUGGGGUACCUCAAAUGAUGCCACAGUUGGAGAAGAAGCUUGAAGAAGAACUUGAUCACAAUGCCAGAGUUGUUGCCUGCCGUUUUCCUUUCCCACAUUGGAUGCCGGAUCAUACUACUGGAGAAGGAAUAGACGUGGUGUGGGCCUAUGAUUCAAAAGCUUUCAAAGGAAAUGAAAAGACACUCUCAGAAACUGUGCAAAAGAUGCAUCUUUUGUAAGAUUUCUGGUUAAAAAAUGUUGGAGCUAACUUUAAAUGGUGACUGUCUGAUUUGGUUCUGAAAGUGGUGGGAGGAUAACAAUAAGUAACUCUGAAUGUUUCUCAAACCCAUUUCAUUGUCAGAAUGUCUUGUGGUGUUAAGCAAAACUGCACUGUAGUCUUAUUUUAUGACAGCAAAGCAAAGACCAGUAAAAUAAACAAGGUAUACCAUGGAAAAAUGCAAAAGACUUGUAUGCAUUGAUUACAAGAAGAAAUUAAAGAAAGUUAGUAUUUUUUUUUUAAAAUCUAUCUUUUACAUGAAAAGUGGUAGGAUGCAGAAAGGGUUCAGUGGUAAGGACACACGUAUAAACUAAAUGCUCUACUAAUAAAGUUAUUUUCAACUGUU